AUGCCCCACGCAACCGGACCCUCAUCCUCAGACACCUUUGAUUCCGAUCCCAGCGCUCGACCACCACCUCGCAUUCAGGUUCCUCCGGGUACCCCCGCCUCUGAAAAUCCCCCUGGCAGCAACUCUCCAAAUGGCAACCAAGCGUCCUGGUCCUACGGCUACGUGAAUCCCCGCUGCUACGACUACGACUGUGCCCCCGCUGAUGAAUACGUUGAAAUUCGCCUCAGAACCGGAGGACCUGACGUGGUGCUUAAGGGCCAGCAGGCGGCAGCGGCUAGGUUCAAUGCAGGCCCCUGGCGCGAUGACCUUCCUGUCAAAGUCUUGUUUUUUAACGGGUCGAGAGAGACCUUCAUGGUCGAAGCAUGGAGUGGUGAACUGCCGUCCAGGGAGAUUUGA